CCCUUCUCCCGGUUUGACUGCGCUUAUAAGGAACUAACUCGAUCUACCUCGCUCACUGAUUGUUGCGACGGCGCCGUGUAAGCAUGCGACUUUUUCUCGUGCUCGUGUGCUUUCUGGCAGCAUGCGCGGCUCAGAAGCCUCACCCGUGCGUGAGUCCUUCUCUUCUGAGCGGCCAAUUCUCUGUGUCCACACAGAAUGAACAGCUCUGGGCUUUCGCCCGUUUCCUCUACGACGCACUGGGACAAAGAAUAAGGCUCCAAGAAUUCGGAUUUUACCAGAAUAAGACUUUCACCUAUGAUACUCUUCUUCUCUAUAGAGAAGGCGUCAUGUACGAGAUAAACAAUCGCGACAAGAAGUGCAUGAAAAGACCCUUGCAGGGUGACUUCCACCCCAUGGAGGUCCCGAAAAACGCCAGCCUUUUGGGUCAGGUUGUCGUGGGGAGCUCCUCAGCCCCGGGUCAGGGUCUUCUCGUCAACACAUGGACGGGCGAGUUUCCUGCCAACGCACCUUACUUGUUCACGGUGACUGAAUUUGGUUGCAUUCCCGUCUCCACGGCCUUCAAAACUCAGCCGUUUGGAUGGAUAGUGACGAGUUUCUUCAACAACGUCAUUGGAAUUUCCGAUCCCAACGAGCUCAAUCCUCCCAGCUUCUGCCAAGACGCGGAGGAGGAGGAGGAACCGGUGAAUUUUGUCAGCUUGCUCCAGAUGAAAUCAGUGCAAGCACAAGUGAAUCACUCGCCUCAUCCGUAACCGGAAUGGUUCUGUUACACCGUUACGCAAGAUUUAGCGGAUGAUUCGAAUACACUGCUUCUGUUUUUUUUCAUUUUGUUUUUGUGGUCAUCAAUUAUUUGCCUUGUCAAUAAAAGAACAUCAAAACAAUA